CAUCUUUACAAAUCACACUCGCGCCUCUAUAUAUAUCUUAUCACAUUAAAAUAUAUCCCACUUCUUUUCCUUUCUUUUCUUUUCUUUUAUUCGUUGGAACCAUAACUCACUCACAGAACUAAAUUACAUCGCCAUUGAAAAAGCUCCAAAUGCAGGCGUCCUCACUUAUCACCCUCUCUCCAAGUUCUCCUAGCUUCAACUCUUACUCUUCUGGAAAACUUGCAGAGAUUGCGGCAAGAGUCGUCCAAGAAUUUUCCAAUGAAUCGGAGGAAGAUUCUAACAUUUUCCCUUGGGAAUCUGACACCUAUUUCUCAGCCCUGAAGGAAAACAACAAAGAAGGCGGAGAUAACAACCCCGACCACGAAGAAGAAGACGGAGAGUUUGAAUUUGCAAUUGUGUCUAGGGAACCGUACGGUUCGCCUAUUUCGGCUGAUGAUAUCUUCUACAACGGCCAGAUUAGGCCAAUUUAUCCGUUAUUUAACACAGCUUUGUUAUUGGACCAUGAAGAUUUAUCCAAAUCGUUAUCUACUACUACUGCUGCUGUGUCUAAGCAAACAACAAAACCGAUUCGAUUACCGUUGGGGAAAUUAUUCAGCGAAGAUAAAGAAACGACGUCGUGUUCGUCAUCGGAUGCCGACGAGCUUGAGAAUUUACCGGAGGGGACUUACUGCGUAUGGACUCCGAAGAAAGCUGGGAAAGAGGAAUCUCCUCGAAGAUGUAAGAAGAGCAGUUCUACAGGAUCUUCGAAGAGAUGGAAGUUCAGAGAUUUGCUUUACAGGAGUAAUACCGAUGGGAAAGAUAUUUUCGUGUUUUUGACGCCGGCGGCGACGAAGAAGAAUAGUGCGAGGGUAGCAGUUGUAGACGAAGGUAAAGAGAACAAAGAGAAAGAGAAAGAGAAAGAGAAAGAGAAGGAAGGGAAGGGAAUGGUGGAAGAGCAUUAUGUAAAAAGCAGAGCUGUAAAGGAAGGAGAUACACGACGGUCGUUUUUGCCGUACCGGCGGGACUUGGUUGGGCUUUUCUCCAAUGUUCAUAGCUUGAACAAUCUUCAUCCUUUUUGAGGUGGAUAUUCAUUUGUUUUGUUAUGUGUUGUUUUUUUUUUUUUUUUCCUUUG